GCGGCUCGGCUGCGGGAAGCAAGGGGGGGCGGCGGGGAGCCGGGCACGGAGGAAAGCCAGGCGGAGCAUCCGCGAGCCGCUCCCUCGCACAAGUCCCCGAGGGAAAAGCCGAGGCUCGGCUGCCCUCCGGACACCGCCGGGCUCCCUUCUUUCAUUAUCUGCCCGGGAUUUGGGCUCCGAAGGGCUGGGAGCGGGAGAUGCUGGCAGAAGUUGCUGCAAGCCCGGCUGGCGAGGACGGGGGCUGAGCGGCUCCGGCUUCAGAGCGCACCGGGAGCAGCUGAACUUUGGGCGUUUUGAGCCACCUUUCCCCUCGGUGGUCUCUCCACGGGUGGUCACGGCACAUCGCAGCGCACCAGCCCGCUGCUCCUCUCCCUGCAAGGACAGGCACCCGCGAAGAGAAGCUGGAGGAGGGCAGUUUGCCGUCUCUUUUCCGGAUGACCGAAAAUACCUACAGGAGCCCAUCUCCCCAGGUUUCAUCAGCAAACGGCAUCGGGAAGAAGGAGCCGAGGAACAAAAAUGAUGUUGCUCAAAUUCCUUCCAGCACCUACUUUUUCCCAAGGAACUCGGUGCCCCUAGGGGCUUGCUGUGCGCCUUUCCUGGAGUGAGGACCGAUGGACCACGGACGCAUCCUGACCGGGUCAUCUAAGAAUUUGCUGUUGAGAAACCUUCCCCAGCAAGACUUCCUCUGCCUGGUUUGAAGUGUAUGGUUCGGGGUAAGCACAGCAGUUUUUGCCUGUUUCUUUCCCCUUUAAAUCUCUCUGGCUUGGAGAGCUCUUUCCUCACUGCAAUUAUGAUCAUUUGCAACAUCAGUGCCAUCAAAGAUUGGAGCACUUUCCUCUCCCAGAUCCUCCCCAGCGUGAACAAGACUCUGAACUUGGUACAGCAAGUGGAAGCCACCACCAGCUCGGUGGUAAGUGUCCUCCAGGACCCCGAGCAGGACAACUACCUGUCCAACAGCCAGUCCAUGAACUCCAGCAAUUUCACCGCCGGCCUGGACCACUUGUUCCAGUACUCGUACUCGGACAAUGACCAGCUUUACAAGGAGUACAAACCCCCUCCUCGUGAUGCCAUCCCCCUGCCCAAGGCUGUCCUCUACCUUCUCAUGGCAGCCCUGGUGGUGGUGGCAGUGGCGUACGCCAUCGUCGGGCACCUCAUCAAGGACCUCAUUCACGACUUUAUAGACUGGAUCUUCGGCCCCAGCCCGGACGACAACAGCAACAAAAGCGACGUCAACUGCAUCAGCAGCAGCCUCAACGAGAUGGGCGAGGGGCCCGAGGCGCCGCGGCGCCGGGACCGCCAGCCCCACGAUGUGGCCAUCGCCAUCGGCGAGACCUGCCACCUGCCGCAGCAAACGUGACCGGCGGCACGGGACGCGUGGCACGGAUGGGGAAGGACCGGGGAAAACGUCUCCUUGGUCCCCUCUUG